AUGGAAGCUGAACCAUUGGAAGGUAAAAUCGAACCAGAGAAGAAUACGGAACGUUUUCCCAAGCAAACAGCUUUUAAUCUGGGUGACGUAGUGACGGAACAUGCUAAAACUCUCAGCGAUACCGAGAAGGCGAAACUGGAGGAACAGAAUAAACGCAUGGUGACCGCGUUCCAAGCGCUGAAGCUCGAGAAAGAGGCCCGUAAACAUUGGGAUUUGUUCUACAAGCGGAAUGAGAAUCGAUUCUUCAAAGACCGGCACUGGACUACGCGCGAGUUUAGCGAGUUGCUGUGUGGUGAAGAGGAGGAGGAGUCAGGUGGCAGCGGCGGAACAGCACCGCAUGCAGCAAGAAGCUCGUGUAAUUUGGACAGUAACACCAUCGAUGGGAAAAAGCUGCUCGAGAUCGGUUGUGGUGUAGGAAAUUUAAUAUUUCCACUGAUCGAAGAUGGACAUCACCGCGAUUAUUUCAUCUAUGCCUGCGAUCUUUCACCACGUGCCGUUGAGCUGGUGCAGAAACAUAACCUGUACGACGAGCGGUACGUGAAGGCGUUCGCUUGUGACAUUACCACGGAGCAAGUGUUUGAAACGCUGAUCGACGGCAGCCUGGACAUUGUGACGCUAAUUUUCGUACUGUCCGCUAUUCAUCCGGACAAGUUUCACCAGACGGUUGCUAACAUUUACCGGCUGUUGAAACCCGGCGGCGUUGUGCUGUUCCGCGACUACGGACUGUAUGAUAUGGCACAGCUGCGGUUUAAGCCGGGUCACAAGAUAGCGGAAAACUUUUACAUGCGACAGGACGGUACGCGAAGUUACUAUUUCGCCGAGAAGGAGGUAUCGGAACUGUUCCGGCAGGCUGGGUUCACGGUGCUGGUGAACAGUUACAUCCAUCGACGCACGAUAAAUCCGAAGGAAAAUAUCGAUGUGCCGAGAAUAUUUGUCCAGGGAAAGUUUCUCAAACCGAGCUGA